CAAUUUUGCUGAGUCAGCAGUAUUUGCGUUGUUGGUCAGCUGUGCGCUGUUGUCAAGUGAAAGCUAAGCACACACACACACACAAGCGCGCUGUUUUGCCCCUGCUGCUGUUGCUGCGACAGCGUUGCUUGUUGCUUGUUGUGUGCACUCUGCGAACCAAUUGAUUGGGUUGUGUUUGGUUGGUGGCUGUCAGUGCUCGCGGUGUGUGUUGUUCCUUGUGUGGCGCGUUUGUUGUCUUGGUGCUCUCUGAGUGAGUGAGUGAAGCAGGCGUUCCUUCCACACGCACACACACGCAUACACACGCGCGCGCAAACAACAGCCGCUUCCAUCUCUCUCUUUGCGUGUCUCCUUGCCUGCGGCCGCUGCUUGCACCGCGCACCUUGCUCUCUCUCUCUCUCUCGCUACGUUCCACACCAUGGACACGCUGCCACGGGACAACCGGCUCGCGUUGCACAGCACGCAGCGCCUGCUGGACCAAGCUCGGACAUCGAGCCUUUCCACUAUCCCUCACCUCACAGAAGAAGGUGUUGCCAACAUCUGGUUUGGGGUGUCGCAGUACAUCGCCAAAGCCAUCACAGAGGGCAAGGGGGUCAACGUGAACGGGCUGGGCACCUUCGCCCUCUCUGUCGUGGACGACCGCACCCCAAUCUUCCAGCUCUCGGAACAGUUUAUCCGCAAGCAUGGUCUCAAGGCCACAACCAAACCCACAUCAAGCAGCUGCCCGAUUGUGUCGCUCAACUUCUCAGACAUUGCACGUGCGACGGAUCACAACCGCGACGACGUGGAGGCCUGCUUCUCCGAGAUAAUGACGGCGCUGGAUGGGCAAAUUCGCGAGCCAAGCCCACGCGGUCUCUCCCUCAUCUUCUUUGGCGUCGGCAAACUCUCCAUCCGUGACGGCAAGGUCCGCUUUGCCUUUUUCACCAAAUUCCUGGAGAACCCGCACACCGUGAAUACGGCGACCUCGUCCACCGACCUGUCCUCCCGCCCCGCCACCGUCGGAAUUGUCGAGCACCUCGAGCGGAUGUCUCGACCGGGCACGAUGGAGCGGAACGCGGCGACGCCGAGGCUGCUGUGCACUCCAACAGUGACGCAUCUCAACUUUGGUCUCGAUGGGACCACCCCAACGCAGGAGGCAUGGACAGCACGGAGCAGCAACGCCGCGUUGGAGCCGUGUGCACGGCCGCAGCGCGUCCACCGCUCGAAGGUCACGUGGCAGAGCGCCCUCGAUUCAGCUGCCAUGGUGCCCAUCCUUGAUGGUCCGGAUCCCCUUGAUCUGAUGCCGUGCACACCGCCGCCCGACAAGCCACGAUUCGUCAAGCCAAAACCCGUCGAUGUCAUCCAGGAGGAGGUGGAUGAGGAUGAGUUGCAGCAGUAUGAGCAACUGGCUCAACGCAACAUGCAGUCCUCGCUCUUUGUGCCACUGGAGACCAGCCCACAGUCCCGCCCAACGUCCGCGCAGAAGCAGGCAACGGCACGGUUGCCAAAGGUGCACAGAAAGGACCGCGGAAACCCGGACAAGGUGGAUCCAACAUCCGUUCCGUCGUAUGAGGAGUGGGCACGCAUGCGUGAGGAGCGCGGGAAAAGUCCUUCCCGCCACCGCCUUCGCAUUCGGGACCAGCUUGAUCGUGAUGCGGACAUUCAACAGGUGUUGUGA